AUGAAGUUGGGAACUUUUCGUGCAUUUAUCACUGGAUUAUACAUCCUUAUGCAAUUUACAUCGGCAGCCGCAUAUAUAAAGUUUACGAAUUUGAAGUGUGCAAACUACGAUAAAAGCUUUCUGAAUAUCCGAAAAUGUGGGCUUAAGGCUUUGUCUCGCAACAAAGUCGCUCUUACCGUUGACAUUCAAGUUUUCCAAUUGCCCGUAAAUAACAUCAGUGGCAAUUUGGUCGUUUAUAGAAAGGCGAAUGGCUAUCGUCCUUUCAUGAUUAAUAUAACAGCAGAUUUUUGUCAGUUUAUGAAAAACAAGAAGCGAAUACCAUUUGGCAAGAUGGUAAUGGACGCGGUGGAAUUAUAUUCAAAUAUGAACCACUCUUGCCCUUUCAACCAUGACUUCACACUCAGGGACUUCGUGCUCCAGCCUGAACAACUCCAAUCACUACCGGUGCCAACUGGCGAUUACCUCUUGCGAAUUUUGGCUAGAAUCUACAACGUUAGGAAAUUUAAGGUCGAUGCAUAUAUACAAAUAGUAGAGGAAUAA